AGGUCAUGAUCAGUACCCUAGACAGUACACACGAGUUCUCGAGCUCUUUGUUGUGUUCUAAACAACCCAGUGUAUUAUUAACACCUUUUAAUUUACAACCGUAUGUCAUUUUAAUCAUACAAUAAAAAUUAAUUAAUCCAUACCUGUCAACAGAUAAAAUUUAGUAAGUUGUCCGGGCGCUGGGUGAAGCUUGCUUGAGCUCUCACAAAUUUUUAGUCCCAGUCCCAGUCGUGCAGUUUUAUUCACAAUUAGGAAAAAUCAAAACAAGCAAGAUGGCUGACCCGAGUGGUGAAGCAUCGUCGUCGAGUAGUGUAUCUGAGCCAACUAUUCGCGAGGAAAUUGACAAAGCUAACGAGGAUUUUAUAGAGCCAGAUCAAAAGAGGCGUAAAUUGCUUAUAAAACAUGACGGAAAGAGCGAACAAAAAUUGGAACAUCGCCUGGGUGGAAUUCUUUGCUGCGCUGUUUGUCUUGAUCUUCCGAGAUCCGCCGUUUACCAGUGUACCAAUGGACACUUGAUGUGUGCGGGAUGCUUUACUCAUGUCCUCGCCGACGCGAGACUAAGGGAUGAGUUGGCUACUUGUCCUAAUUGCAGAAUUGAGAUUAGCAAAACUUCUGCGUCUAGGAACUUGGCCGUUGAGAAGGCUGUUUCUGAACUACCCGCAGAAUGUCAGUUUUGCGCUAAGGAGUUCCCGAGAAAUUCGCUGGAACGACAUGAAGAUGCUAUGUGUGAAGAAAGAAUAUCCAGCUGCAAGUACAGCCGAAUUGGCUGCCCAUGGCGAGGUCCAAAUCACGAGCGUGCUGAGCACGAGUCACAGUGCGUCCACCCUCAUCGCACGGGUGCUGAUGUAAUGGAAGCCCUGCGUGACAUUGACGCUCGUAACCUGGAGGAACGCAAGCACUACGACAAUAUUUUCGAUCUUCUGUCUUACGAAAAAAUCACAUUCAACGAUUUGCAAAUGAAGCCAUACCGCACCGACGAGUUUGUACACAAAUUAUUCUAUGAAACAUCACGCUUCUCUGCGUUCAAUCAUCAAUGGGUUGUAAAAGCUAGAAUUAAUAAUAGCCAGAGAGAUCCCACACAGAGUUCCGAGCGUGAUAUGACUUAUCAAUUGAUUUUAAAAACCAAGACAACAUAUCCCUUGGCGCUCCACUAUUUAAUCUUAAAAGGACCCUUCGGUGACAUGAAAGUACAGCCUCGCAUUCAUAGAUUCGAUUUCACAGAGCAAGAUAAUGAGAGUCCGUAUUUACCACUACCAUUACCAGACACCGCUGAAUGCAACAGACUAUUAGCGGCUAAAGCAAUAAGUUUCCGGCUCAUUAUGUUCCUCGCGUCGAAGUAGUUGUUGUUAAAAAUUGCAAUCUUCAUCCUGCCGAGAGAAAAUUAAUAAAUAUAUUUAUAUAUAUAUUUAGCAUUAAAUCUUUAUAGAUUUUCACGCUCCUCGGUUAUAUUUGCAAUUAACAUAAUUAAAUUAUUAAUUAAUCGGUUUUAGUUUUUCAUUUUCUUUGAUUAUUAAAAUACAUGUGAGUAAUAUUCAUUUAUAUAUUUAAAUAUAAUCAUUAAAUCUUUAUUUUUUCAAGUAGACUGAAAAAUAAGAAUAUAGUUUAAUCAACAAUCAUUAUUAUUAAUUAUUAAUUAUUAAUUACUAUUAAUACUUGUUAAUAAAUUAACAUAUAUUAUUAUUAACUUUUUUUUUAUUUUUCUUGUAAACGAGGCUUGAUUUUAUAGACUAGAUAAAAUAUCUGUAAUUGUAAGUUCAAUAAAGUCUUACUCAAAUAAAAA